AACCCCACUGUCAUCUGUGCAGUCCAUUUUCCAAAUUACCUCACUGCCACACACAUUCACACUCUUUUGUCUCUCUUCUUCUUCUUCUUCUUCUUCUUCUUCUUCAAUUCCAUGGCUGCCUUUGAUAUUUUGUCUCUCAUAUAAAGAACAAGAAGAAGAAGGAGAAGAAGUUCUAGUACAAUGUCUGAGUACAACUUCUUAAACGACCAGCUCUCAAAGCGAACCUCAAUUUUCGGUUUACGCUUAUGGGUAGUACUUGGAAUGUGUGUUGGAGCAGCAAUAGUUCUUGUACUUUUCCUUAUAUCUCUUUGGUUCAUCUCUAGGCGUAAUAGUUCAGCUGCUUCUUCUUCUUCAGCUUCUUCUACUUCAAAGCACAACAACAAGUCGUCUCAGAGCCUUACUAUAAUUCCAAACGUGUCCAAAGAAAUCCAAGAAAUCAGAAUCGACCAGGACCCGAAACCGAAACCCACAUCAAACCCCGACCCACUACCGGAAUCGGAGCCAGUAGCAGCCAGACCCCAACUCCUGCUUCUUCAGCAACAAGAGGAAGAGAGUCCAGCUACUGGGAAGAACAGAAUUCACAUUGAAAUUGGUAAAGACCACCGGAUUUCGUACCCGGAGCGGGUUACCGGGUCGAGUCAUGGAAGUGGGGAGACCCGGUCGGGUGACCAGGCUACGAUUGUCGGGCCAGAGGUCUCGCACUUGGGGUGGGGCCAUUGGUAUACUCUCAGAGAGCUUGAGGUUUCCACUAAUGGUUUUGCUGAUGAGAAUGUGAUUGGUGAAGGUGGGUAUGGGAUUGUUUACCGUGGUCUUAUGGAGGAUAAUACCAACGUUGCUGUCAAGAAUUUGCUUAAUAAUAGGGGACAAGCUGAGAAGGAGUUUAAGGUUGAAGUUGAAGCAAUUGGACGUGUUCGGCAUAAGAAUUUAGUGAGGUUGCUCGGUUAUUGUGCUGAAGGAGCUCAUAGGAUGCUUGUUUAUGAGUAUGUUGACAAUGGAAACUUAGAACAGUGGCUUCAUGGAGAUGUUGGACCUUGCAGCCCUCUUACCUGGGAGGUUCGUAUGAAUAUAAUACUUGGAACUGCAAAAGGAUUGACAUACCUACAUGAGGGUCUUGAGCCCAAGGUUGUUCACCGUGAUAUUAAGUCAAGCAAUAUUUUGCUUGAUAAGCAGUGGAAUCCAAAGGUGUCUGACUUUGGCCUAGCAAAGCUCUUGGGCUCGGAGAAGAGUUAUGUGACAACUCGUGUGAUGGGAACAUUUGGAUAUGUGGCUCCAGAAUAUGCCAGUACUGGCAUGUUGAAUGAAAGAAGUGAUGUGUAUAGUUUUGGAAUUCUUCUUAUGGAGAUCAUUUCUGGGAGAAACCCUGUAGACUAUAGCCGCCCUGCUGGAGAGGUGAACCUAGUUGAGUGGCUUAAAACCAUGGUUACAAAUCGGAAUGCGGAGGGAGUUUUGGAUCCUAGGUUGCCAGAGAAGCCUUCUUCAAGGGCACUGAAGCGUGCUCUGUUAGUAGCUUUACGCUGUGUGGACCCAAAUGCUCAGAAAAGGCCGAAGAUGGGGCAUGUUAUACAUAUGCUUGAAGCUGAUGAGUUUCCCUUCCGUGAUGACCGAAGAGCUGGACGCUUACAGCGUGAUGGUACAAGGGAUAUGUUGAUGGAGAAGCAUGUUACUGAAUCCGGUGAGAGCAGUGGUUAUGAAAGUGGUGCUCAAAUCAAUAGGUCUUUGUGGAGAAAGCAAGAACCUGAAGAGCAGUAGCCUUUCCAAACUAGUGUAUAAGGUGAAUUGACACGACACUUUUUGUUUCUUUAUUUCCAUCCAGAGCUGGAUUGUGCAGCUUCAUUUUACUUCACCUGUAUAUGUGAAUUUUUAAUGUUAGUAGAUUUUGUAGUAUUUUGUGCCAUACCCAUUGACACAUGUAAUGUAGUGUCUGAAACACUAUGUAUUCCCGAUGGGUUGUCUACAUCUUGUAGAGGAAUUGCUCUGAUUUCAAUUUACUUCAUAUUUUUCUCA